UGCCAGUUGAAUAUCGAUCAGUCUAUGAUUUCUUUGAGGUCUGAAGCUUUUGAAAUUUCGCCAGUAAAAUACUCUCAAAAAUCAUUUCUCUCUGAUAUUAUUCCGGUACGAAAUUCGACAAGUUUCAUUAAAGAUCAUUGAAAAGAGAAGAGGAGCGGUAGUCGACUUUUGCGAUUCGAACAUCUGCUAUAUCGCGCACGUGGAAUAGAUCGAAGUGAGGGAAAGUGUGUGAGCUUUGCCGAGUAAGGUCAGGGUUUAGCGCCUUGGUCGAUGCCAGUGGGGGCUCUUACCUUGUCUCUUUCAUCCACAUAAUCAUCAGUGAUAACAAUGUGCGCCAGUACUUGUGAACAAAGUGCCAGAGAUCAACAAAGUGAUGACUGAACAUUCAUUGGAUGGUUAAACAUAAUUAUGACCAGCACUGUUGUUAGGCGCCACGUGUGGUUCCAUAUAUCGAGCAUUAACUACUGUCCCCUGAGACCCAGUUAUCAGUGAAAAUCCGAUACCCUUGCAGUAUCGAGCGGAACUCAUUUCACACAGUCAUGAGUUUAAAAACUUAUCUGUAACAAUAAACUACCUCUGAACCACCAUGACUGCAACCGAAUACACCGACUCAAACGGAAUUGUGGGAACAAAUGUCGGCUCAGCAGACACGAGAUGCGUCAUUGACAAUCAGAGAGCCACUGAAGAAAUGAUGACACGUGUCAAGGUGACACCAAUAGAAAGGCAGUCCAGUGACAACGGAGACGAAAGUGAAGCUUUUAUUGAUAAUAAUCAUCCUCAAAUAGUUUCAUUAAGCGGACAAUCAAAGUCCGGCAAUCUUUCGCCGAAUAAAUUGCCACGAAAGAAAGCCCAACCUGAGGAUGAGGAUGAUGAUGAUGACAAAUUACCACCGGAUGGCGGAGUCCGGGCAUGGAUGAUAAUGCUAGGAAGUUUUACUAUUAAUGGAAUUUUGUUCAGUGUCAUCAACUCCUAUUCCCUAAUUUUUCUCAAAUUAUCGGAAAUUCUGAGAGACGCCGGGGAAACGGAGGUCUCGUCGAAAGCUUCAUUGGUUGGCUCACUGACAAUAGGAACAACAUUUUUCUUGUCUCCUGUUGCUGGUAUUCUUACUGACAAAAUUGGAAUUCAGAUGACAACAUUUAUCGGUGGUGCACUGGCUUUUGGAGGAAUGUUAUUGUCUUCUAUGUUCUCCACUAGGGUUGAAAUUCUGUACCUAACUUACGGUGUUAUGUACGGUCUGGGUGCGAGUCUGGCGUACACACCGAGUUUAGUCAUUUUGGGGCACUACUUCAAACGUUAUUUGGGGCUCGUUAAUGGGGUUGUAACCGCCGGAAGCUCUGUAUUUACUACAAUUAUGCCUUACUUAAUGGGUAGCUUGUUGAAGCGAUUUGGACUGGUCGGUACACUCAGAAGUUUGGCGGUCCUUACAUCGGUAGUUAUGAUGUGUGCGAUUCUCUUCAAGCCAAUACCUGUAGCGAAUAAAGCAGCGCACACACCGGAGUCUGGAGUCCCUCGGAAGGCUACCUUCAGGUCAAAGAUGAAGACAGUAGUAAACACGUCCAUCUGGAAGCGGAAAAAAUACGUUGUCUGGGCCAGUGCCAUCCCCUUAGCACUCUUCGGGUAUUUCGUUCCUUACGUUCACAUAGCAAAUUUCGUACAGAAAGUAUUUGAUCAAAAUGCCAACGAGCGUCUCCCGAUUAUGUGUAUUGGAAUUACGUCUGGCAUUGGUCGUCUUGUUUUUGGAUACAUUGCGGAUUUGCCAAGGAUUAAUAGAAUACUAUUACAACAAAUAUCCUUCCUCAGUAUUGGUGUCUUAACGAUGCUCUUGCCACUGACACCUCCUUACUACUCAAUUCUUCUUGUGAUAACUUUGAUCAUGGGUUUAUUUGAUGGAUGUUUCAUAUCAUUACUUGGUCCCAUUGCCUUUGAUAUUUGUGGAAGGGAAGGAGCAACCCAAGCCAUUGGAUUUCUCCUGGGAAUGUGUUCCAUACCUCUAACUGUUGGUCCACCCAUAGCGGGUUUAUUAUUCGAUCAUACAGGGUCUUAUACAUUACCACUAGUUCUGGCUGGGAUUCCCCCGAUAAUUGGAGCUGGCGCCAUGUUCCUAGUGUGGUUUGUGGACGAUUCCGAAUCGGAAUCUGGUAAGAACCAUCUAACUGAAGAAUCCAUCAACGACGAUGCUUGCCUCAAUGGAAUAGCGAAGCCGAGAUGCGAAUUACUCGAUGGAUCUGGUAGAGGGAGAGAGGAAGGUAGGUCAUCAAAAAAUCAAAAUUUAUCAGCCGCUGCACUUUGCAAUGCUAAAUUUCAACGGAACCUUGAUCGUGCCUGUUACUCCGAGCCAUUCAUGGACUGUCCAGUCACCUACUACAGAUGCUCCAAUGAAAUUCAGCGUAAUGGCUGUGGAUGCAUUACAUACUCUGAAAGUGUUCCAUUAUUGAUUAGUACUAAAUUGAUUGAGUGAUUGAAAGCACGAAAUAUUUCGCUCGAAAUAAUAGACUGAUAAUCAUUUUUUCUCACUUUUAUCUGCUGUAUGAGCUGUGUUAUCAUUAGUUUCGUGGUGCCAAGUCACGAAUACAAUCGUGAACAAAAUGAUUUUUUUUUUCUACUAAAGUGGAGUGAUCGAUGUUUCUAUUUGUCGCUCUGAAAUCAUCCUCUUGGCUAUGGAAAAAUCCGCUUUAUCUUUCUUCUUUCUGCUUUCUCGUGAAUGAACGAGUCGAAUAUAAAUUGGUGAUUAGUUCCUUCAAAGAUAUUUUUGAAUCUAAAGUAAAUGAGUCAUGAUGGUGACUAGGAUUUUGUUGCCACUCUCUUCACAGAAUAUUAGACAGGAUGACAGGAACAUUUAUCAUUUUAAGAUAAAAAUAAAAUCUGAAGUGACCGUUCUAAAAAAACAAAUUCAUACAGUGAAAAUUCAUUCUAAACAUUUCGAAGAAAUAGUCACCAAAUGAAAUUGACUCAUCUUGUUUUACCAUUUCACUACUUAACUGUGAGUAGUGGUCUCCUAUUUGUUGCAUUGAAGAUGUUUUUGUCUUGGCUUUUUUAUUUAAUAUAGAAAAUGAAGAACAUAAGAAGUGAUGAUGAUACUUUAGAUAACUGCACGUCUGCGUGUUCUUUCUACACUUGAAUAAACUUCUAUCAAUUCUCAAACGCUUGCACUUUUUUUCGUUUGCCUUUCCUAUCUUUAAAAAAUCUUAUCUAUUUGAUUUCUGUGAUUUGUGGGUAUUGGUAAAUUGUUCCGGUUUCCAUGACGGUGAAAAUAGGCAAUUU